CGUCGUGGGCCAGCAGGUGGGGCCGAGCGAGGGCGGAGCGCAACUUUCCCUCGGCAGCGGCUACACUCCCGGGGCGCCUUUUCCCUUUGCAAACUCGCGGCUCCUGUGGCGCGUCUGGCUGUUGCUGGCGGAGUCAUUCUGAGAGAAGAUCAUAAUGGCUUCUGUUUGGGUUGGCACUAGGGGAACGAUUCGGGAUGCUCCUGGCUUUAAUGCAUCGAGAGAUGCUGAAGCAAUUCGGAAAGCAAUUCGGGGAAUAGGCACUGAUGAAAAAACCCUGACCGACAUCCUCACAGGAAGAUCGAAUGCUCAGCGGCAGCUGAUUGCGAAGGAGUACAGGGCAGCUGCAGGAAAGGAUAUGAAAGAUGCUUUGAAGGGGGAUCUCUCUGGCAAUUUGGAGCGUAUAAUGGUCGCUCUUGUAACGCCUCCGGCAGUGUUUGAUGCUAAACAACUGAAGAAAUCCAUGAAAGGUACUGGAACGGAUGAGCAGGCUCUGAUCGAGAUCCUGGCCUCAAGGACUAGCAAGCAAAUGAAAGAAGUAGCCCAGGCAUAUUACACAGUUUAUAAGAAGAGCCUCGGGGACGACAUCAGCUCCGACACAUCUGGCGACUUCCGACAAGCCCUGUUAACUCUGGCCGAUGGCCGAAGAGAUGAGAAUCAAAGACCGGAUGAGCAGGUAGCAAAGAAGGACGCUCAGAUCCUGUACAACGCAGGCGAGAAGAGGUGGGGGACCGACGAGGGCAAAUUCAUUGAGGUUCUGUGCUUCAGCAGUUUCCCUCAGCUGAAACUAACCUUUGAAGAAUACAGAAAUAUCAGUGGGAAGAAACUGGAAGACAGCAUCCAGAGCGAAACCUCAGGAAGUUUUGAAGACCUGCUGCUGGCCAUAGUCAAAUGUGCAAACAACACUCCAGCAUUCUUUGCUGAAAGGCUGCACAAGUCUUUGAAGGGGGCUGGGACAGAUGAAUUCACACUGAACAGAAUUCUGGCAUCCAGGUCAGAGAUUGACCUCUUGGAUAUUCGAGCUGAAUAUAAGAAACUGUACGGUGUCUCCUUGUAUUCUGCUAUUAAAUCUGACACUUCUGGGGAUUAUGAGGCCACGUUGCUCAGGAUCUGCGGUGGAGACGACUGAUGGGGAUGAAGCGCCGAGCCCUGGAGUUUCCCGCUUUGCGCUGCAGUCCUCCUCUGCGGAGUUUCUGAAUGUUUAAACGAGUGUAAAAUUGCCACCGCGUUUUCUUCAUCGCUUUCUCAAUUAGGCUCCGUAACAAGCAGAUGCUUAUUUUAGCACCUCCCUCCAGGCAAUCGAUGACAUUUGCCGCCACACACACUGCGCCUUCGGAUGAAACCUGCGCCCGAAAUUGUCCGGGCCAGAUCUGCUGGCGCUAAAGAAAUCGUUGAUGCCCGUGAGGUUGGAAUCUGCCUAGAUAUAUGAAAGACAUAAAUCAAUGAGUUGUAUAUAUCCAGUAUCUAGUGCUCUCUCUCACUAUUUGAAUACAGCUUCGCCCUGCCAAAAAAAAUCCUUUACCCCCAUA